AGGGUUUCUGGCCUGUGUGCAAAUGUGUAGCGGGUGCAUGUGUUUCUUCCUUCCCGUUUGUGCUGGGAGAAGCGUCUUCAGUCAGUCCGGAGAUUCAGUCAGUUUUGUGCCUUGGCUGUGUUUUGGGAGACUGUGAGGAUGCUGAGCACUAAAGAGAUUGUCUGUCUGGCACUGGUGUGCCUGCCUGCAGCUUGGCUGGCGAGUGCAAGCAAUUGCCAGGGACCUGCUCUCAUUCCAGGGAUCCCUGGUAUGCCAGGCCCCCCAGGUGCCAACGGCCGAGAUGGAGUAGACGGGACCAAGGGGGAACGAGGUCCUCCCGGGAAGUCUGAUGACUUCAGAGAUGUUGGAGAAAAAGGAGAGCCUGGGGAAGAGGGUCAUCCGGGGAAAGUUGGCCCCAAAGGCCCGGCAGGGUCAAAAGGUCCCCCUGGCCCACCAGGUUCCCGUGGUCCCAAAGGAGAAUCCGGAGACUACAAGACCACUCUCAAAUCAGCCUUCUCAGCAGCCAGAAUGGUCUCCAUGCUGCCCAGGCGUGGGCAGCCGGUCCGAUUUGACCGCGUCCUCGUCAACGUGAACCGCCACUAUGAGAACCGCUACGGCCGCUUCACUUGCCAGAUGCCGGGACUUUAUUACUUCACCUACCAUGUCACCUCCCGGAACAACCUCUGCGUCCAUCUCAAGAAAGGGCAGGGCAGCCGAGGUGACAAGGUGGUGGCGUUCUGUGAUUUCACCCACAACACCUUCCAAGUCACCACGGGAGGUGUGGUGCUCCGCCUGGCAGCGGGCGAGUCAGUCUGGCUGGAGCCCACUGAAAAGAAUUCGCUGAUUGGAGGGACAGAUGGAGCCGACAGCAUUUUCUCGGGCUUUCUGCUGUUCCCUGACGCGUGAGAGAAUUUCAAACCACGGCAUGCUUCUUGCUGUUAGUCUGACCCCACCACUAAUGUGGCUUCACCGUGUGACAAAUGCCAGUUAACGUCUAGAACUCAGGGCUUUGAGUUUCAAUGUCUGCCACCUGUCCAGAACACUCCACCACUUUCCCCAUCCCAUAUGCUUCCAACCAUCGCUCUUGCCCUAUUAAUACCAGGCCUGUCUUCAAAAUAAAUAAACAUAUGCUUUGAAGAAUAA